AUAGUCUCAUCAUUGCCCAUUGACUUUUAUUGUUUCCUUGAAUAACUGAAUGGCAUUUUGGGUACUGCUGUUUAUGCUGCAUUUCUGCCUUAUUAAGAAUUUUAGUUUUGAUUUUAAUUUUCUAGAGAUUAGAAAGCUUUGCAAUCUUGGGCACCUACUGGUUGUAACUCCGGCUAUUUAGAUAUUAAACAAAAACAGUUCCCUUUAAUUAUUUAAGAUCUGUACAUUUUUUGAACUAUGUCAAGGGGGAAGUUGGAUCUUUUAAGAGGUGCCUAGCGCUUUCAUCAAUAUGAAAGAGGAAGCCUCAGGUCUGUACCUGUACAAUUAGGGCUCUUAGGCUACAGCUUCCACUGCAGGACAUGAGUUGAAGUGAGUGCUUAAGGGGGAUAAGCUUCAGUGGGCGAGGUAAUCGGCUAGCUGGGAAUUCAUUUUUAGGGCUAAGUCCCAAGGAGGCAGGUUUAAUCUAGUACGAGAGGAACUGUCGAUUCACAUAAUUGGUCAUCACGCUUGGUUGAAAAGCAAGUGGCACGAAGCUACCCUGUGCUAGAUUAUGACUGAAAGCCUCUACCCUUCAACUAUUUAGCCAUGUUUGAAGGAAUAUCAAGACUUUGGAUGCUCUGGAAGACAAUCAAAAGACUGUGGCCAUCCUUUAUCCCCAAUCUAUACUUUAGGAUUGGUAAUGGGGUGAAAACCAGUUUCUGGAAUGAACUCUGGUUAGGGGAAGAGAAUUUGAAGAUCAUGUUCCCAGAUCUUUAUAUAUUGAGCCUACAACAGAUGGACACUGUGGCAUAGGUGUGGAGCCCUUAAGGUUGGGAUUUGAUCUUUAGGAAGGCUUUAAAUGACUGGGAGGUUGAUAGAGUAGCAGGAUUACUACAGACACUAAAUGCAUUUCCAGGGGUCACUAAAGGUCCUGAUACUCCAAUUUGGAAAAUGCACAAGAAAGGGAUUUUUUCUGUGAAAUCUUGUUGCUGGAGCUUAAAUUCUAAUCAGACUAUGGAAAUGGAAUGGCCUUGGAAACUAAUUUGGAAAAUCAAGAUUCCUCACAAGGUCUCAGGUUUCACUUGGUUGGCAAUUAGGAAAGCACGUCUAACUCAUGAAGUGUUACAAAGAAGAGGUAUACAGAUUUUCUCAAGAUACAUGUGUGGGGAAGAGGCAGAAGUUAACAGUCACUUAUUCUUACACUGCAGAACAUCUAUAAAUCUGUGGGACAUGUUCUUAUGUAUACUUGGAGUUAACUGGGUAAUUCCCAAGACUACUUUAGACUUGCUGAGACACUGGGAAGGAGUGGGCAGAAGAAGAAGAUCCAAAGAGGACUGGUGGAAAUGCAUCCCAGCCUGCAUUUGGUGGACAUUGUGGAAGGAAAGAAAUGAAAGAUCACAUGAUGGGAAACUUAACAGCAUUCAGAAAAUCAAGAUGAAUAGCUUGAGCCAGCUGUACUUUUGGUGUAAACAGGAUUUGGCAUAGAGGGACAGUCGUAGAAGUCUUUGAAGGCUUAUCGGUUGUGUUUGUUGCUCUUGAUGAUGGGAAGAAGAACUUGGAAC